CCCGCUUCCCUCCUUGCGGGCUUGUGUUUUCCAUUUCAGUCUCAGAGGCCGCGGCCUCUGGGAGUGGACCCGGCGCCGCGCACUCAGACAGGUGGGGCAGGUCGCCCUCGCCUGGCAGUGGGCGCCACAGGCCUUGGCUUCCUUCAGGGUUUUGGCGGCGUUAUUCUACAACCACCCGCCCCGGGAGAGCCACAAGCCUUAGCUCCGCGGUGCUGCACCUGUUGCAGGCGCCUGGCGAGUGCGAGGGGCCGAAUCGCCGGGGCUUUGCCAGUGAAAACCUGGCGAAGAGAACUGAGACUCUACCGACACCUGAGAGUGGGCACAAGUUGCAUCCUGGCUGCUGAGAUGUUGGACAACCACCACCACUAGAACUGGGAUUUCUCAAGCCUCUGCUGUGGAAGCGACUGAAAAGUUGCCAGUGGUGCAAGAGCCAGUGUUUCCGCUGAGGCCGUAGUGAGACUCCAGUGUCCGUGACCCUGCCGUGGUGACAGCAGCGCCUUUCUCACCUUGCCAGUGGGACAUGCAGAUUCCAGGGGACUGUGCAGCUCACCCGCUCUGUGCUGUGGUGCCAGGACGCUGAGUGGCAGCCUGGGGACAGGCCUGCCCAUCGCCCAUGAGUGUUUGCUGCCCAUGGCCCCCUGCCUCAUGAGGAUGUGCGCUGCCCCUGUCAGGGGGCUGCUCACCACCCUGGUGGUGCUGUUUGGAACGGCAGUGGCGUUUGCACCUGUACCCCGGAUCACUUGGGAGCACAGAGAGGUACAGCUGCUGCAGUUCCACGAGCCAGGCAUCUACAACUACUCGGCCUUGCUGCUGAGCGAGGACCAGAACACCCUGUACGUGGGCGCCCGGGAAGCAGUCUUCGCCUUGAAAGCACUCAACAUCUCAGAGAAGCAGCACGAGGCAUAUUGGAAGGUCUCCGAAGACAAGAAAGCAAAAUGUGCAGAGAAGGGGAAAUCAAGACAGACAGAAUGUCUCAACUACAUCCGGGUGCUGCAGCCCCUCAACGCCACCUCCCUCUAUGUGUGUGGGACCAACGCCUUCCAGCCGGCCUGUGACCAUCUGAGCUUAACAUCUUUUCAGUUUCUGGGGAGAACUGAGGAUGGCAAAGGAAGGUGUCCUUUCGACCCAGCCCACAGCUACACUUCCAUCAUGGUUGAUGGAGAGCUGUAUUCCGGGACAUCGUAUAACUUCCUGGGAAGUGAGCCCAUCAUCUCCCGGACCUUCUCUCACAGCCCUCUGAGGACGGAGUACGCCAUCCCCUGGCUGAAUGAGCCCAGCUUUGUCUUUGCCGACGUGAUCCGGAAACGGCAUGAGGGCGCCGAGGUGGAGGACGACAGGGUCUACUUCUUUUUCACGGAGGUGUCCGUGGAGUACGAGUUCAUCUUCAAGCUGCUGGUCCCACGGAUAGCGAGGGUGUGCAAGGGUGACCAGGGUGGCCUGAGGACCCUCCAGAAGAAGUGGACCUCCUUUGUGAAAGCCAGGUUGACCUGCUCCCGGCCAGACAGCGGCCUGAUCUUCAACGUGCUGCGGGAUGUCUUCGUGCUGUGGGCCCCCGGCCUCAGGGAACCAGUGUUCUACGCACUGUUCACCCCGCAGCUGAACAACGUGGGGCUGUCAGCCGUGUGCGCCUACAACCUGUCCACGGCGGAGGAGGUCUUUGCCCGCGGCAAGUAUAUGCAGAGCGCCACGGUGGAACAGUCACACACCAAGUGGGUGCGCUACAACGGCCCUGUGCCCACACCGCGGCCUGGAGCGUGCAUCGACGGGGAGGCGCGGGCGGCCAACUAUACCAGCUCCCUGAAUCUCCCUGACAAAACGCUGCAGUUCAUCAAAGACCACCCCCUGAUGGAUGACUCUGUGAGCCCCAUAGACGGCAGGCCCCGCUUAAUCAAGAAGGAUGUGAGCUACACUCAGAUUGUGGUGGACAGGACGAAGGCGCUUGACGGCACCAUCUAUGACGUCAUGUUCCUCAGCACAGACCGGGGUGCCCUGCACAAAGCCGUCAGCCUGUACGGUGAAGUACAUAUUGUUGAGGAGACUCAGCUCUUCCAGGACCUCCAGCCUGUGCAGACCCUGCUGCUGUCGUCGAAGGAGGGCAGGAGGUUUGUCUAUGCCGGCUCCAACUCGGGUGUGGUCCAGGCGCCCCUGGCCUUCUGUGGGAAGCACAACAGCUGUGAGGACUGUGUGCUGGCGCGGGACCCCUACUGUGCCUGGAGCCUGCCCGCAGCCGCCUGCGUGGCCCUGCCCCAGGCCGACACCCCCGACAGGAGCCUGAUCCAGGACAUGAGCGGCGACGCGGCAGCAUGCCCGGAUAAAGUUAAAGCAAGUCACCGGCAGCAUUUUUUCAAGCACGGUGGCACGGCCGAGCUCAAAUGCUCCCACAAGUCCAACCUGGCGCAGGUGGUGUGGAAGUUCCAGGACGGCUUGCUGAAGGCUGAGAGCCCCAAGUACGGCCUCGUGGGCAGCAAACACCUGCUCAUCUUCAACCUGUCGGAAGGAGACAGCGGGGUGUAUCAGUGCCUGUCGGAGGAGAGGGUCCGGAACAAGACCGUCUCCCAGGUGGUGGCAAAGCACGUGCUGGAGGUGAAGCUGCUCCCACGGACGCCCACGGCCCCCACCUCGCCCACGACUCACUCCGAGGGCAGUAGGGUUGGGACCAAGGGGUUGGUGCCAGCCACGCAGGGGCCCUCCCUGACAACCCUGGCCAUGCGGGCCACCUCCCCCGGGGCCACCACCACCACCCCGCCUUUCAGGUCCGCAGCCACCAGCAGCACGUCGUGCGAACCAAAGAUCGUCAUCAACACGGUGCCGCAGCUGCACUCGAAGACUAUGUAUCUCAAGUCCAGUGACAACCGGCUGCUCAUGUCUCUCUUCCUCUUCUUCUUCGUCCUCUGCCUCUGCCUCUUUUCCUACAACUGCUACCAGGGCUACCUGCCCAGCCAGUGCUUGAAGUUCCGCUCGGCCCUGCUGCUGGGCAAGAAGAAACCCAAGUCGGACUUCUCGGACCUGGAACAGAGCGUGAAGGAAACGCUGGUGGAGCCGGGGAGCUUCUCACAGCAAAACGGGGAGCACCCUAAGCCAGCCCUGGACACGGGCUAUGAGACGGAGCAGGACACGCUCACCAGCAAAGUCCCCACAGACAGGGAGGACUCCCAGAGGAUCGACGACCUCUCUGCCAGGGACAAACCAUUCGACGUCAAGUGUGAGUUGAAGUUCGCCGACUCGGAUGCUGACGGCGACUGACGUGGCCCCUGUGGCCCCAUCGCCGUGUUGGCUGGCCGGCGCCCGUGUGCCGAGUCUCCUGUCUUCACCCGUUCUGUAGCUGAGUCUCGUCAUCGUGCAACAAACCUCAGUCUUCUGUUUGUCUCCUGGGUUGAGCCUGUGACUUUUUUCCUCUUUGUCCUGUUGGAGAACUGCAAGUGUUGCAUCCUGGUCUGGUGCCCCGCGGUCCGAACAAGUGGCGGGCUCAGCGGCCUGGGGGAGAGAUGGCUUGCAAGUCCGUCGGCUGAGAAAAGUGCCCCUUCAGCUUCCCCGCCUCCCAGCAGCCACUGAAAGAUAAUUUAAUUCCAGAUUGGAAAUGACAUUUUAGUUUAUCAGAUUGGUAACUUAUCAAGCCCGUUGUCCAGAUUGGCACGAACCUUUUCUUCCAUGUGAUUGUGUUUUUUGGGUUUUUUUUAGGAUUUUGCUUAGAUUGUGUGGAUGUCUUCGGUCGUUCUUUUUUUUAAAAAUUACUGAAGCAGAUGUUUCCGUGUUUAGAAGAUGCACAUCUUCUGGAUUCUGUUCUGUGUUUGGAUAAAAUCCGGCUUAGCUAGCUUCAAGAGUCUCAGGGAUAAACUUCCUUUGGCGGAACACAUUCCUGCUUUCAGAGACGGACAUAGAACCGUCUGGAACACUCACUUUGGUUGUCCUUCAUUCCUUGAGGGGAGCAGCGUUUCUGGGGCAGUUUUCUUUCUGUGCUCCGCCUCCCCCCUCUGUUUGUUUUUCUUUUCU